CUUUUUUAUUCCACGACUUCCAUCCACUAGAUUCACCACAUACCGACCGGGCGAGCAUAGCAGUGAACCUUUUGCAGGCGAGCUACAGCAGUGAACCCUUCCAACACAAUUCAACACCCAACACCCAACACCCAACCUCCAAAAUGGCUGACACCUCCGCUGCAUGGCCCCAGGCUGACCAGGCUUUGAGCCAAGAGAUUUUGGACCUCGUUCAGCAGGCCACCCACUACCGCCAGCUGAAAAAGGGCGCCAACGAGGCCACCAAGACCCUCAACCGCGGUAUCUCUGAGGUCAUCGUCCUUGCCGCCGACACCAGCCCUCUCGCGAUCUUGCUCCACUUGCCCCUCCUCUGCGAAGACAAGAACGUUCCCUACGUCUACGUUCCCUCCAAGAUGGCUCUUGGCCGCGCCUGCGGUGUCGCUCGCGCCGUCAUCGCCUGCUCGAUCACCACCAACGAGGCCUCCGACCUCAUGGGCCAGAUCCGCACCCUCAAGGACAAGGUUGAGAGGCUUCAGAUCUAAGCGCGCCUUGGUGUGCUGGACUGUAGCCGGGGGAUAUUGCGAGCUUUAAGAAAUUGAAUGGGCUACGGAAAAGACAAGAUACCGGACACUUAGGCUGAGAUACCCUAGGUCGCUCUGUGCGUAGCCUGAGAAUGAUGUGCUGAGGUACACACCAGCACAGACUCUGUCAAAUCGACUCUUUCAAACCAUACUGCUCGCCAGCCAUGAAUUGAGACGUUUCAUUCUGCUUGAAAACCAAUGUGAUGAUUGCAUGUAAACAAGACUCGUGCUUCAUAUUGCAGUAGACAUGUCCACUAGCUGAGUUUCAUAGAGCAACCACACAUCACAUACCCUGACAGCUCGACUGAGAAGGUGGCUCGCUUACAUUCACAUGUUGGUACCUUGCUUGUAUGUGGCAGCAUCAUACACAAAGACAUGUAGUUACAAAUGCCUAU